AUGUAUCAUUGGUUUGAUCAACAUAUGUCACAUCGGAUUAAAGGCAUUGCCAUGGAACAUAAUUCAACUGAAAACUCGUCGUUUAUAUCAAAUACUACACAAAUUAUCGAUAUCGAUUACAGUAUUGAUUAUAUUCUACUGUUUCGUCUCGUUGUCUGGGGUUACAUCGGUAUGGUCUUAAGCAUAUUCGGUAUCGUCGGAAAUAUCAUAACUAUCCUAGUUCUAAUAUUACCAUCGAUGCGAACGACAUCAACGAAUAUUUAUUUAACAGCAAUUUCAUGUUCAAAUAUACUCUUUCUUCUUAUAUUUAUUCCAACUUAUUCAAUGAGAUAUCUGUUAGGAUAUAGUGUAUAUAUGUCGAAUCAACCUCCGUUUGCAUUUGAAAUCCUUCUUCUACGUUUACCUACAACACCUGUUUAUAAUACCAUAGUUUUAUCAAUGAUUUACUUGACACUUGCCCUUUCGAUAGAUCGGCUUAUAUCAGUGAAAUUUCCGCUUGAAUCCAAACAUAUCUUAACUAAACGUCGAACCUUAAUCGCGAUCUUAUGUGUCUAUCUUUUUUCCAUUCUCUACUGUAUUCCAUAUUGGGUCGAACAAGCAUAUGAUCCGAAAGACAAAGUAUGUCGACUAACGAAGUUUGGACAGAAAAUCCAUAAAUAUACAAGAAUUUAUGUCUACAUCCCUGUUGUUUAUGUUGUGCCACUACUUACAUUAGCAUGUGUUAAUACGAAUAUUAUUAAAAAUUUGAUUAAAAAGAAACGUCGCAAACAAAGUCUGGUUGGCAAAACAAUAGCAGCUAGAAAGAAAACAGCUGAUUAUCAUAUCACAUUAAUGCUUGUGGCAGUUGUUAUUGCCUUUGUACUUAGUCAAUUACCACUGCUUGUCUUAAAUGUUUGGUUUGCAAUUGAUCAUCAAGCACCAACGAAGAGUUUAAAAUUUCAAACGUUAAACUCCGUUGGUGUUCUACUUCUUGUUCUCAAUACAUCCACCAAUUUCUUACUCUAUUGCUGUUUUGGUCAAAAAUUCCGACAGACAUUAAUUGAAUUCAUUCUGAAUCUGUUUCCGAAUCACAUGAAAACAAUGCAGAGAAAACGGUCAAGUUUAAAGCAAAACCAAUUAUCAAUAGAAGCACACCAACAGCGUGUAUCGCGCUCGUCGUCAACCGUUACGAAUGAUUCGAAAAUGAUUCGUAUCAAAGUCGAUGAUUUGAACCCGAAUGCUUUGAAUGGAUCAUCGUCACAAUUAGAUCAAAUUCCAAUGAGAAAAUCCGAUGAACAAUUGCGUCCAUUGUUGCCAUCUCCGAUUCUUAAUUCUCCAAAUUCAACUAAACAAUUGUCUUCAAUAAAAAACAGUCUGUCGACGGAUUCUCAUCAACCUUCACCGCUCAACACACAACAAAUAUUGACAAUAAAGAUUUAA